GAGAGAGAAAAGUUGGGCGCAUUCACCGAGACAUACGCUUCUUCACGCGUCUACAUAAACAAUAAGAAUUGGCAACUGAAAGCAGGAGAACGUAGUCACACUUGCAACAAGCCCUAACGCAGCACAUGUAAAGACAGAGACGAAAGGGAUCUGGUAAGGGACCGAUAGUAACUUCACACAUACCCCACGCAUGCACACCCCAAACACCACAAACAACAGAGACAGUAACAACAAUAAUAAUAAUGUAAACAUUACUAUUACUAUUGCUACUACCACUAUAUAUAUAUAUAUAUAGUUCUGAUUCCACUUGAAAGAAGAAAAAUCACUGUUACUAUUAAGAGAAGACACAAUAACAAACAAUAUCAGCCAAUGGUUCAGUCACGGCUCCGUUUACACGCACCAUCUCAUUGAAUAGUGCAAGCAUAACAACAACAACAACAACGACAACAACAACAAGUAAAACAAAUCCCCAGAGAAGCAUUACUAUCUUUGAUGAUCCAAUCCAUGUUGGCUUUACGUCAGUGGUGUCCAUAUAGAAGAAGGCAAGGUAAAAGUCCGUCAUGAGGAUAAACCCGGGAAGAGCUAAACAUGUUCCGAAGUAGGAAGGAACCGAGCUGGACCCAUUACCACUGGCAAAUCUGCACUCUUUUCGCCUUCUUACCAUAUUCUCUGGCAUAUUUCGGAUUAACAUCAAAGGAUCCUCUUGUAGGCUACGAACUGGGUUUACCACACCAAAACAUUAUACAAGAAAGAAUAAGAAACGGCCACUUAAAGCCAGCUCAGCUUUGUAACAUUUUCAAACUACAAAGAAAACAAAAAAAAAUGUGCAAGAGAGACAAAGGUGUUCCGGAAGUUCUAAACGAAUCCAUAAAACUGUCAUUGUUGGGUUGCCAACAACAAUUUCGAUAUGAGAGAUGGAACUGUACUCUUGGACAGUACCAUUUGGACAUCCUUAAAAAAGGUUUUAAAGAGACAUCAUAUCUGUACGCAAUAUCAUCUGCGGCGCUCGUCCAUUCGUUCGCACAUGCGUGUAGUCGAGGCAUAUUAGACAGAUGUACGUGUGAUAUCUCCAAAAGACUUCGAAAUAAAGAAGCCUGGAAAUGGGGAAGUUGUGGGGAUAAUAUCCGUUACGGUGUGAAAUUUACACGAAAGUUUCUGAGGCGAGCGAAAAGAUCGGGAAAGGAUCUCCGAGCAAAAAUUGACCAACACAACACAAAUAUUGGAAUAGAGGUCGUAAGGCGAAACGUAAACCGGACUUGUAAAUGUUACGGUGUAUCAGGCUCUUGCACAACACGGACCUGUUGGAGACAGUUAGCACCAUUUUCUAAAAUCAGUGCCAUCCUUAAAGAAAAAUACGAAAAGGCCGUCCGCGUAAACAGUUUCUCGGAACAACGACUAAAUAGCAUAGGAGACAAUCUUCGUGUGAAACAUAACGAACUGCUGUACAUAGAGAAAUCUCCAAGCUUUUGCCGCCGGACUCGCUAUUCGUCCGGUAUUUCAGGUCGAGUUUGCAUGAAGGGAGAGAACUGUAAAGUUAUGUGUUGUGGUCGUGGUUACAAUGUGGAAAGUAUUGAUGUACAGAAACACUGCUUGUGUAACGUAAUUUCGUGCUGUCAUGUUAAAUGUAAAAUAUGCAACACUAAACAUGAAGUUCAUACUUGCAAAUAAUGCAAAGAUAGAGAAGAAAAAUGUUUGUAAAUGGAUUCGAAGAAGAGAAACUGAAUGACACGAACAAUAAUCAUUAAAAGAAUUUGAAAUCAGGAGAAAAUAUUAAGAGUGAAAAUAAAUAAAAACAACAGAAACUUUACUCACCACAAAUAAUACCAUAAUAACUCAUCUACGUCUGUCCAUUAAUAAAUUAAUAACGAAAUUGAUAUACAAUCAAAUACAUUCAGUCGCGCGCGCACGCACACACACACACACACACACACACACACACACACACACACUCCCUUCCUUUCUCUAUUUGGAGAUCAGGCAACAAUUAUUAUUAAAUAAGCUGAAGUUUCGAAUAUUUUUGCAUGUAUUGGUUGGUUUCUUCAGAAGGUUGAAUCUCAUAUUGUUACAGGAGAGGAGAAUGAGAAUAUGUGACGUUUAUGCUUUCUCAUAGCAAUUAACGACUUAAGUUAGGUCGAUUAUGACCAGCUUGAAACGAAAAACCAUCUGGCUAACAUUUAACUUCCGUCUAGUGACGAUAGAACUGAUUGGACAUACUUCCGGCUUCUAUCUUAAACCCCUAAACACACACAGAGGAAGACAUUGCUGCAUAAUAACGAAUGCUACAUUAAUUACCUCGUCUUACUACAUUUAUCGCAGCGAUAAUGAACUAUACCUUCAUUCGGUACAGAAAGGGACGCACCUCCCCAUCUAUGGCGAUCGAACUGAGUGUGAUUCAACCACAAACAUUUUCCCUACUAAAGCUGAUGAUACAAAGAGGAAACUUUGCCGAUAAAAGAAUAAAAUUAAUCAUCAAUUAAUAUUGCUUAUA